GACCGCCGGGCCCCGCCCCCCCCCCCCCCCCCCCUCCCCUCGCCAGGAGCAAACGACGCGAGCUCCCUUCCUCCCUCCCUCCAUCGCGUAGCUUCCUUCUUCUCUUCCUCCUCCCUCCGCCUCUGCCCCCUCUCCCUCUCCCUCUCCACGCGGCCGGACCAACCAACCAACCAGAGCGAGCUCCCCUCCCUUCCCUUCCCGCCGCCGGCGACCGGAGCCUCCCCCGCGCCCGCCCCGUCGUCGCCUCCCCGGCCCGUCGCCGGCGAGGCCCCGCGGCCUCCACCGCCGGCUCCGAGGAACAAGAGAUGACUGCUUAAAUAGGAUAAUUAUACCACAAGGCAGUCUGGUGUUAUAUGCUGAGGAAUCAGGUUUUAACCAUACGAUCACCAGAAACUAGAAAUGGAGGAUGGCCUUGAGCUUAGUUUAGGCCUCUCUUUGGGUGGUGGGUCUUCUGGGAAGUCUAAGGCAAGAGAUGCUUCACUAGAGCCUAAAGCGGAACCUCAAGUGGAAGAGAGCAGUAGCAAAGGUGUCUCGCAACCUCCCGAUGCUCCUUUUGCGCAUUACUAUCAAGCAACUGCUGAGAACCAGGAACAUAGUAGCAAGCAGAGGCAUAGCCCUGCUACCCCGCCGUUUGGGAACUUCUGGGGACAACACGGGGGCUCCUCUGCUCCAGUGGCAGAUGGAUCCAGUGAACUAAUGGCUCACCAAUCUCAGCUUCCCCAAUAUCAAGAGGGGCGGACUCCAAAUAAUAUUGGAAAUAAUUCUGAGGAAAACAUGCCAGUCUCAAGUAAACGAAGGCUGCUUUCUGAAGAGACGAGUCUUCAGAAGAAGCAUCAUUCUGCUGCUGACCAGCCUGAUGCAUUCAGUAAGAGCUCUGAGGGAGGUGUGAAAAAUGCACCGAUUUCAAUUAGCACGGAUGAUGGUUCAACCGGUGAAAAUGAGGAUGUUGCAGACUCGGAAGCAGAAGGCUCAAACUCUUGGUUGGUUGCACAGCGUGAAGACAGUGCCAAGGGCUCUGUGGUAAACAGAGGAUCCGAUAUAAAGAGAUCCAGUGAUGAUGCUACAGGUGGAUUUCAAGGGAAGAGGCAACCGAGCUUUUCAGGAAGUGAAUCUAGCUCUGGAAAGUUGCCGCAUGGAAAUCCCUUACAAGCAUCGAAUGCAGUGACUGCGCAAUAUCAAGGCCAUACUCAGGUUUCAGCACCCCUGGGCAUAACUAAUGCACCCAAUUUUCCUCCAAUGUAUACAGUGCAAUUGAGGCCACCUGUAAACAAUGGACCAGCUGUCCAGACGGUGGGUGGUGCCUCCCAGGUUUCUUUUGGUUACCCAACAGGUCAGCUACCAAUACUUGAAACGAGCUCUUCAUGGGCAUUUGGUACUCCGCCUCAGGCUAUUUCUUCUUUUGCUGCAAAGCAAGCCGAACGAGCAGGAGCCAGACAAGCUGAUGAUGGAAAGAAACCUCAAGAGGCUGGCGCAUCCUCCUCUGCUCUUUUGGAGGAUGGUAAGGUUGUCGAGAAGGUAUUGCCUCUCAUGGGCUCGGGCUCUGGUAUAAGGCCGGGCAUCGCCCCAAAUGUCAAAUUCGGAGGGUCCGGAUCAUACCCUGAUCUUCCCUGGGUAUCCACAACCGGGAGUGGACCAAAUGGCAGGACCAUAUCAGGCGUAACGUACAACUUCGGCAGAAACGAAGUGAAGAUCGUGUGUGCUUGCCAUGGCACCCACAUGACGCCCGAGGAGUUCACUCGACAUGCUAGCGUGGAUGCCACGGGCCAGGAGAACAACGCCACCAUGUCGGCGUUUCCUGUUGGGAACCAAGCUGCCUCGGCCCAAAACUAACUAAUUCAGCGGCCUGCGCGCCGGUUCCAGAGAGUGUGCUUGCUGCUCCCUUUGUGUCCAUAUCAUCAGUUCAGUAUAUUGUUACUGUGUUGAUUCAGACCCUAUUGAUAUACUCCUACAUUAUGUAGACACAUGUGUCAUGUUGUAACUUUGGCUCCAUUUGUUGUGCACGAAACUGAUGUAUUUAUUGUAGCUCCUCAUUAUGUGUCCUCAAGGCAGAAUAGUACAUUGGCUACAUCCAGCAAAAUGGUGUCAUGGGGCUGCGUUGCCAUGCUCUUUGCCAUUUGGUGAUGAGGCAGGAAGAACAAUAGCAGCAUACAUAUGUGUUCUUAUAAAGUCUUUCAUUUCAGUGGAA